AUGGAUUGCUCGUUCACUCUCCUGGACAUCUCAGCCGAUCUCGUAGAGCAAUGGAGAAUCGCAUUCGAGAAACACAUCCCUCACAUCCUUGGCAUGAAGGUCAUCACCUUACAGUUCAAAUUGGCAGACCUGAGCGGGCCAGCGUCCCAGUUCGACUGUAUCGUCUCGCCUGCCAACUCAUAUGGACGGCUAGACGGAGGACAUAUGAUCACUCAUUAUGCAUUCAUUCCCAUCGACAGCUUUGACUUCUUCCUGGCUGAAGCCUUGGCACCAGCUGAAGAGCUCGAGGCCCCAACAAAGUUAGCACAAGCGGCCCUUUACCGCCGAUGGCGCGGUUAUGCCCCUCCUGGGUCCUGCACACUCGUCUCGUUACUUAAUUCAUCAUGCGCGAACAAUCGCCACAGCUGCUCAUACAUCGCGUUGUGCCCCACCAUGCGUGUUCCCAUUAAUGUCGAGUGGGAUCGAGAAAUCGUAUACAACUGUGUCUGGUCGCUCCUCGUCGCCCUGGAUGAGCACAAUCGCGCCGUCAAGACGAACGGAGGAGUGAAGAUCAGCCGGGUUUUGAUGCCAGGUCUCGCUACUGGCAUCGGGGGUAUUUCUGCAGAACAAUGUGCUCAGCAGAUGGCAUUAGCGUUCAAACACUUUGAGGAUGCUUUGGCUCAUCCUCAGAAAUGGAGUGCGCUGGAAUGGGACGAUGCGAUUGAUUAUGCCGAGGAUGUGCGUGCCACUCACCGCAGGCGUGUUGGGGACUGA